AUGAAUAUACUGAAGGAUCCGACUCUCUUGGAGGCCACAUGGGCUAACAUUUCUGCUAACAACGGAGAGUCUAAGCAGCAAACGACCUUGUUUUCGCCCGUUUCAACGGAGUCAGAACAUGAACCUUUGGCUGAAGUGCGCGCGUCUCAAGCAGAAUUCUUUCGUUUUGUUGUCUUAAAGGUUAAGGAGUCUUCACAGGUACUUGGGUUCUCGCGUAUUCCCGUUGUGGUUGAGGUUUCCCAGGUCAUUCCUGACCCGCGGUUGCUUCCCUAUGGAUCGGCGGACAUGGCGCGCUUUCUCAACCACUUGGGGUCAGAUAUCAUUAAGACAGGAGUUGCAGAUCAUCUUUCUUUCCCGAGUCUCUUCAGUGGCCUUGUAUUCCUCGUGAAUAGUCAGUUUUGCGACAUGCCCAGGCUUCAAUCGCGGUUUGCAGAGUUGAGCCCCACUCUACGGCAAGUUGGGCUGGAUGAUCGUGUACUGGGGUCCUUUGCUGCGUUGUCUCACGGGUUUUUGGGGCGAAAUCUCAACAGAGUCGUAGAGAUAGCCAAACGAGGACUGCACGACGCAGACAGACCCCUUGCCUGGUCCAUUCUGCUUGGGACAGUAAAUGCCGCAGGGGACACAAUUGAGCCUCUUCAAGGAGUCCCACUCACGCUUCCUCCUGCUGCAGACGUCGGAGAGGGGAUGAUCCUCUAUACUGACCUCUUACUCCAAGCGGAUGUGUUGACCACAUGUACAGAUGAGCACCACUUUCUUUUCAACGACAGCGUGCUCCGCCUCCUCAGCUGUUUCAUUAACACUCCCCUUCAGUGGCACGGUGCCCGCAAGUAUCUCGGACCAACCUUAAAGUCCACGAGUGGUGACAUCAUUCCAGCCAGUGGCAUCUUCCCCUUUCGAGGAAUGUCCAGCUACGUUGCACCGCUCCUCUUCCUGUACAAGGAGGAGUCCGUCCUCCCGCACCUUCAGAUACUAUACACACGAUACUAUUGUCGGCUACACACCAUAGAGGGACUUGCACCCCUUAUGGGGUUGGCUGAACUCCUUAUCGCCGAAGGCUGCCCCGACCUAGUAGUAAAAUUCAGGAUGCUUCAAGCGCAGAGUCCAGACAUCAGCCUCUGCAGCAUCAUUGUGCCGUGGCUCAUGACUGGAUUUGCAGGAUAUCUUAUGCCACGAGAAUACUUUCAAUUGUGGGAUCGAAUAUUGGGAUACAACGCUUUGGAGCUUCUUUCGGUUUUCGCAGCAGCCAUACUCAUCCUCAAAUCUCCCACUUUGGUUGGCCUUUCAGACCCACAUGACGUAAAGUACUAUUUAAGCGAUCUGAGUGGCAUCCAGACAGUCUCUCUCCUACAAUUGGCGCUAUUCUCCGUUGACAAAAAAUAG